GCUGGUCCUCUGAUACGUUUCAGAAUGCCACUGGUAAAAAGGAACAUCGAUCCCAGGCACCUGUGCCACACAGCUCUGCCCCGAGGAAUCAAGAAUGAACUGGAAUGUGUCACCAAUAUUUCCUUGGCAAAUAUAAUCAGACAGCUCAGUAGCUUGAGUAAAUAUGCAGAAGACAUAUUUGGAGAACUUUUCAAUGAAGCACACAGCUUCUCAUUCAGAGUCAACUCCUUACAGGAACGUGUAGAUCGCUUGUCUGUCAGUGUUACGCAGCUUGAUCCGAAAGAGGAAGAACUGUCACUGCAGGACAUUACAAUGAGGAAAGCUUUCCGGAGCUCCACAAUUCAAGAUCAGCAGCUGUUUGACCGCAAAACUCUGCCUAUUCCUUUGCAAGAAACCUACGACAUUUGUGAACAACCUCCUCCUCUUAACAUUCUCACCCCUUACAGGGAUGAUGGAAAAGAAGGUCUGAAGUUUUAUACCAAUCCUUCCUACUUCUUUGAUCUAUGGAAGGAAAAGAUGUUGCAAGACACUGAGGAUAAAAGAAAAGAGAAGAGGAAACAGAAGCAGAAAAAUCUGGAUCGCCCUCAUGAACCGGAAAAAGUGCCAAGGGCACCUCAUGACAGACGGAGAGAGUGGCAGAAGUUAGCCCAAGGUCCGGAGCUCGCGGAGGAUGAUGCUAACCUCUUACAUAAGCACAUUGAAGUGGCUAAUGGCCCGGCUUCACAUUUUGAAUCAAG